UCUCCCACCAGAGCAGUGGCUGAGCUACGCUACGGGGUUGUCUUGACGAACCCCCCCGGACUUUCGGAACCGAAAUCGUCGGGAUUAGUGAACUGCGACCGCCGGAUACGACGGGAGUAAAGCCUUUCUCUCGAUGCACCAGUAUCCCCCAAAUGUCGGUCAGACGGCUCUGUGCCAUAUACAGAAGAAAAUCUUGUAAACACACACCUGUCGGCACACCCUGAGGAAUGCUGUGUUGAAACGAACGCCUAUGCAGGUGGAUCCCUCGCCAAUGAGUGUGGGGGAUGGAGGCACAGUGAGCAGAGAGAGCAGUGCCCCUGCCCAGGCCUCUGAGAGCAUGGUGGGGAAUCCACAGCAGACACUGCCUCCUGAACUCAGAGGAGACGUUCCUCACACUCAGCAGAACAAGCUGAGGACAUCCACAGGCUGCAAAACGCCUGGUGUCUGCUCAGAGGCCAGCAAGGCUAGCAAGGCCAGCAAUUCAAACCAUUGUCCUGAAGUCCCUCCCUCCCAACCUUGCAACAAUGCCCCUGUGUUCAGCACUGAUCCUUUGAGCACGCCGUUGCCCGAUAGGACAGAGGUUCCCAAAGCCAAGGCUGAUGGUGCUGGCAUCUACCCCACUCACCACUGGCCUUGUGGUAUAAAAGUUGGUGCAGAGGACUCUGUGAACUCUGUUCAUGGUGGCAUCAACCCAAAUAAGAAAACUCCUCAUAGCCCUGGCCACACCCAGCCUGUGAUCAGCCUUCCCCCAGGAUUCCAGUGCUCAACACUUUUUAAGACAGGGCAACCUGUUGCUUUCCUGCCCUCCCCUAACUUUUCUUCCCCUCUUUGUAAGAUCACCUUGCCUCCAGGAUUGGGCCAGAUUGCCGCCCUGAGAGAAGCCACAGCUAGUCAGUUUCAAAAGGACUGUCCAGCGCCGAGUUCUGGCGCAAGCAUGACGCCAAGGCUCAAAACGUACCCAUAUCACUUUUCUGUGGGUAGAGGCCUUGCUCCUGAGAAGAAACCUCUGUCACCGGCAUCAAAAGGCAGAAGUGACUCUGUGUCUAAUGCUAAGGGCUGCAAAAAUGUAGGAGAGCACAAAUCCGUAGUGUCGUCUUCUGCUAGCCCAGCUAUUGCUCUCCCAGUACAACAGCCCUCACAAAGCUCAGCCCCACCAACUCGUUACACCAUCUCUCCCACCGCUGCCAUCUGCUGUAGCUCAGCACUAGCCAACAUUAGCACUCAGAGCAGGUUGCUUAGCCUUGUAGAAAAAUGCCCACAGUACAGAGGGGUUGAAAAGUCCAUGGCAUUUUUGAAACCGAAGCCUUCAUCAUCUACUGAGGAGCACAAUGCUUCCUGUUCCCCAGAGGCAAGGGAUGUACCCCUUGAUUUGUCUUCAAAAUCAAAACGUCAAAAAAGCAUCAAAGAUGCUCAGAAUAGCCCAACUUCUGCCACUGAGCACCGCUCCAUCGAGCCUCAUCAGAAGAACAUUCAUGCCUCCAAAAGGCCUCAGACUGCCACUUUUGGUACUGCCACAAACUACACACUUUUACCAGACACCCAACGAAAUGGCGCACCUCAAAGAUCUUCCUCAAAACUCAGCAAUCACCACAGUGUAGAACCAAGUGCAUCAUGGGGCAAAGUCUCAUCACAAGGUUCAUUAAACAAUCUGCCAGGUACAUAUGUAGGCGUGGCAAGCCCUAUACUAGCAUCUACCCUACGUAGCAAAGAUGGCAAAAGUGCUGCUUUUGUGGAAGAUCUUCAGACAUUUGCUAAACAGGAGACUAUUUCCAUUAUUGAUCAAGGAGAGCAGUUGGCUUCUAGGGGUAAGAAGGCACCACCAGGCACAGUUAAAGCCCAGCAAAAUAAAGGCAUCAAGCAUUCUGCUAGUACUUCUUUACUUGGUCCACAGGAGCUUUUAUCCACACCGCUACACAUUACAGCAAACUCACAAUCACCUAGAAAGUCUUUGGGUGGAAAAGCAGGGUAUGCACCUUCAGUUAUUAAUUCAUCAUGGCCACAGCCUAGUGUUCUUUCCCAGGAGACAUCAGUGCUGAAACCACCAAGUCAGACACAAGGUCUAUCUAAAGUCAAAGGCAGCAUAAAUUGUGAGACCCCCCUGUUUCAUAGCUCUGAAAUAAGUCCUACUAAAGUAGAGGAUGAAAAAUGGGAGAAAACCAAGUCCCCUUUGUCCAACCUGGAGUCAAUAGUCAAGCAGAAAGCUCUUGAGACCACUGCACUCACUGGUGAAAACUACUGUAAUCUGUCUGCUGUGGGGUCCAGGAAGUCUGAAGUGGCAAGCUUGCUCAACAGGUGUCAGAACCCUCCAUUACUGCAGAGUGUGGCCACCAGCUUUAUGCCAUCCAGAACCUCAGAACAGCAGGACUCCAGACCAGACAGAACCUCCCCACCUAAAGAUGUCACACUACCAGUUAACACACAGGAGGCCACAACUGUUACUGUGUCCAAAGAAAAGAAACAUGACAAACAGACAAAGCAGUUUGAAAAUUUGACAGGUGAUGCAGGCCAGAGAUCAAAGCUCAGCACCCCCAAGAAAAAAUGUGCUUCCAGUAUUGUUAAAACUGGCAGAAAAGAGAAUAAACUGGCCCGAGACCUUGAGGAGGACAUAACAAAAAAAGAGUUUAUAGCACAGGUGGAGCCCUCUGCUAAUUCUAAGCUGGAUGGGAUGGCUUUAUCUGUUCUUCAGACUCCGGCUAUAACAGAAACAGAAGCAGAGAAGAAAACAAAUGGUGCCAAAGAGGAUAGCCCUUCCAAAGGAAAAAUACCAGUCACCAAACAAAAGAAAGCAAGAAAGCACACUAAGGAUAAGACGGCUCCUGUGACACCGAAGAAGACUGCAACACUAAUAAAAAAACAGCAGGAGAAGGAGAGUGCCACAAUCAUGCAAGGCCCUACCUCUAAAAAAAAGAAAGAUGUGCUACCUGCUGUGGAGAAAAGUCCACUGAAGGAACGGGCCCCUGAAGUAGGGAGCAAGAUUCGCAAAGGGAAGAGCAGUCCUGUUAAAAUGGAGCGUGCUGCCACAAACAAAACUGGUUGCGAGAGCAGCCCAAUCAGCAGUACCCAGGGUUAUGAAAACCCUGGCUCUCUCAGCAGCCCUGGACGACCUAGCAAAGAGCCUGAGUCUCAGGAGGAGGUCUCUCCGCGACUGAGACGAGCUCGUCGACGCACAGAUGAGGCUUUGCUGAGAGACUGGAGUUUUGCUUCUCCGCCUACACCUCCUCCUCCAGAUCCCCCCUCUUCCCCACCACCACCAAGUCACACUCCAGCAGCCCCAAUCCGUCGGCCGCGGGGAAGGCCUCGGCUCAAUCCCCGGCGUGAGGAGGGCAGUGCAGAUAAGGCCAAGGGAGCAGAUGGAGGAGACACAGCAUCAAUGAAAAAAAGAAAGCGCUGUAGGAACCGUAAAUACCAGAAUGGGGAGUACAUCACAGAGAAGGACAAGGUGGUAGAAGGGGAGAAAGACGAGAGGCUAGGUGCUGAAGAAGAUGAGAAUACAGAUGAGAAGACAAGUGCUUACCCCCGUCUCAGUGCCACUUUGACAAGUGGAACACCCAGUCCCGACCUCAGCCCCAGGAGGUCCCUGUUCACCCGCUCAGGGACCAUGCGACGCCAAGAGAGCCCCACCUCCCCAGAAUUAAAUGACAAACCUCCAGGAAAGAGGAAGUUCAAGAGCAAGCACUUGUGUGAUACUGAGGAGCAAAAAAAGCUUAAGACCAAAAGAGGGCUACUUGGGAAGCGCUCUUCUUCCCUUUCCGCAGAUGAGGACAGCCCUGUCAUCAAGAAGUCUACUCCUUUUGCUGGACCGAAGGGCUCCUCAUCUCCUGUGCCUAAAAAGAAGGGGCCUGGGAGGGGUGGGACUCUUGAUUCCACCCCGAGCCGUCCAGUACCCCCAGAGGUCCGGCGACUGAUUGUGAACAAAAAUGCUGGAGAGACACUGUUGCAAAGAGCUGCUAGACUGGGAUACCAGGAAGUGGUGUUGUAUUGCCUGGAGAAGGAUGUACGGGAGGUGAACCGUCGGGACAAUGCCGGCUACACGGCGCUGCAUGAGGCAUGCGCUCGUGGCUGGACGCACAUUGUGCAGGUGCUACUGAAGCAUGGGGCGGAUGUCAACUGCAGUGCCCAGGAUGGGACACGCCCUAUUCAUGAUGCAGUGGCAGCUGAUAACCUGGCGGCAGUGUGGAUGCUGUUGAACCAUGGGGCAGAUCCGACAUUAGCCACCUACUCUGGACAGACAGCUGUUAAACUGGCCCAAAGCCCUAGCAUGAAAGCAUUCCUUAAAGAGUACUUCACUGACCUGGAGGGACGCACUGAUCAGGAUCCAAAUCUACAGUGGGAUUUCUAUAGCAGCUCUGUGUUUGAGACCGAUCAGGAGGCCUGCUGGGAUUUUCUGCUGUCUCAGCCCGAAGAGGAAGAUGGGGAGGAAUGUAGAGAGCUAGGGAAGGACAGGGAUUCAGAUGUGGACUGCCUUCUGUUCGAGUUCUCCUCUGAGCCCCUUUUACCGUGUUACCAUGUUCAAGUAUCACUAACACAGGGAGUUGCCAUGGAGAGACAGAAUUUACAACCUGCUGCAAAGUGCCAUGCUUUCAGAAAUUAACAGAGCAAAUUAAAUGUCUGCAAUGUUGAACGGUUUUAAAAUGGAAACUUGUCUUCAGCUCCAGAGUUUCUGCUGUGUUUAAUGUUGCUGCAUUUCAUCUAAACAUGUAAGAUAUGAGAGUGGCUGUUGCGCACACACACACUCACACAUACUGUUUUGUGACUUUUUGAAACAAUAUGGUAAUACACUACGGCAGUGUUUUUUUACAACCAGUUAGAAAUGAAACUAUAGCGGAAAUGUUCUCCUUUACUGACCCCUUAUGGGUUUAAACUAGCCUUGCAGAAGCAGUACAGUUAAGUGGUGGAAGUGAUGGCUACUGUGCCAUGUUAGAGCAAUGUGAAAUUCAUGACACAAUAAAAUGGUUAUUUCACGCUAGUCCAGUAUAGGGCUGAACAAUUCAAUAAUUAAUUAAUAUUGAAAAUACAGUUUUCAAAUCACAAGAACUGCAGUUUUAAUUACAUGCUACAUUAUUCAACAAUGAUUUUACUGUUUUAAAUGGGUAUAUUUUACCUAAUUACACAGAGCUUGUGAACUGCCUAAAGACUUUGUUGGAAAGAGUCAAAACCGAUUGCUGAUGAAGGGCUAGAGGACAGAUGAGCUGAUAGUCAGCCACAUUGAGAAGAAAUCAUGCACCAUGCAGUCUCGAAGCAUAUAUCACAUACAAUCUGUUGCGUGAAAUAGUCAUGAAUGCAUGCUAUAUUUGAGUGUGUGCAUUGUUGUGUGGUGGAAAUGGUAUUUUUAUAUGUUAUAUU